AUGCAGGGUCCAAGUAGACAAAGUAUUGGCUUGGGAGCAAUCAUCAGAGGUAACUCUGGUGUGUUCAUAGUAGCUACAUCACAUCACUUUGAAAGACAUUUCCAGAGGAUGCUGAUGCUAUGGCUUUUUUGCGAAUGUCGAUUGCGUGAGCUGGCAAAUAAGAGAAGAGUAUCCGUAACUGGAGCUUCAAAGUUGAUGGCUAACAUUCUCUAUUCUUAUAGGGGAAUGGGUUUAUCUGUUGGAACUAUGAUAGCUGGCUGGGAUGAGAAGGGUCCUGGCCUGUAUUAUGUGGACAGUGAAGGAGGAAGGCUGAAAGGAACUAGAUUCUCUGUUGGAUCUGGUUCACCAUAUAUGCUUAUGGUGUUUUGGACAGUGGCUACCGUUGUGAUAUGUCUGUUGAAGAAGCUGCAGAGUUGGCAAGACGGGCUAUUUAUCAUGCAACAUUCCGUGAUGGAGCUAGCGGUGGCGUUGCCAACGGUUCAAAAUUUUUCUUCUGCAAGACUGCAAGCCCACGGAAAUCUGGUCACAAUGAUGAAGAUUGACUUUAGCCAACUGGAACUGGCGGCCCCGCUUUGCGGAACCAAAGAGCAUGACGAGAUCUCGAAGCAUCCUUCGUUUGAACUUCCUGUUACCACAAAGGGAACAACUACCCUAGCUUUUACAUUCAAGGAAGGUGUUAUGGUUGCUGCUGAUUCACGUGCUAGCAUGGGAGGAUAUAUAUCAUCACAAUCUGUGAAGAAAAUCAUUGAAAUUAAUCCCUACAUGCUUGGCACACUGGCUGGAGGUGCUGCUGACUGCCAGUUCUGGCACAGAAAUCUGGGUGUUAAGUGUCGAUUGCGUGAGCUGGCAAAUAAGAGAAGAGUAUCCGUAACUGGAGCUUCAAAGUUGAUGGCUAACAUUCUCUAUUCUUAUAGGGGAAUGGGUUUAUCUGUUGGAACUAUGAUAGCUGGCUGGGAUGAGAAGGGUCCUGGCCUGUAUUAUGUGGACAGUGAAGGAGGAAGGCUGAAAGGAACUAGAUUCUCUGUUGGAUCUGGUUCACCAUAUAUGCUUAUGGUGUUUUGGACAGUGGCUACCGUUGUGAUAUGUCUGUUGAAGAAGCUGCAGAGUUGGCAAGACGGGCUAUUUAUCAUGCAACAUUCCGUGAUGGAGCUAGCGGUGGCGUUGCCAACGUUUAUCACGUUGGACCAAAUGGAUGGACAAAGCUAUCAGGCGACGAUGUUGGAGAACUUCACUACAAAUACUAUCCAGUUGAAGCAGAAGUUGUAG